ACUGCGCAUGCGCGAAGUCAGUCAGCUGGGCUGCUGAGGAAGCAGCAUCAUGGCGGCGGCCACUCGUAGCGUGCGGUGCGCCGUGCGGAGAGCGAUGAUCCCGUCGUUGGUGGUGAUUUUGGGAGCUACCGGUACCGGCAAGUCUAAGCUGGCGAUCGAGCUCGGAAAACGGCUGCAGGGAGAAAUAAUCAGCGCCGACUCCAUGCAGGUGUACCAGGGUCUAGACAUCAUAACUAAUAAGGUGACAGCUGAGGAGUGCGCCCAGUGCAGACAUCACAUGAUCAGCUUCGUGGACCCGUUGGUAAGCAGCUACACGGUGGUGGACUUCAGGAACAAAGCCCUGGCUCUAAUAGAUGACAUGCACAGCAGAAACAAACUGCCAAUCAUUGUUGGAGGAACAAACUAUUAUAUUGAGUCCCUGCUGUGGAGAGUUCUGGUUGAUACAGCGGAGAACAAUGAGUCAGGGGACGGAGGAGAUGCGGCUCAGAACAGAAAGCUGGAACUGGAGAAACUUGGAGGGGCUGAGUUACAUAAACGCCUGAUGGAGGUGGACCCAAAAAUGGCUGCCAUGUUGCACCCCAAUGACAAACGCAAGAUUGCCAGGAGCCUGCAAAUCCACGAGGAGACGGGCGUCCCCCACAGUCGCUGGCUGGAGGAGCAGAGAGAGCUGGAGGGAAGCACUAAGCUCGGGGGGCCGCUAAGGUACCCAGACCCCUGCAUCCUCUGGCUGCACACUGAUGUGGACGCUGUCCUGGACAAGCGGUUGGAUGCUCGUGUUGAUGAGAUGUUGUCUGCUGGACUGAUAGAUGAGCUCAGAGAUUUCCAUGUCCGCUUCAAUCAGCAGAAAGUCCAGGAUGGCAGUCAGGACUAUCAACAUGGGAUUUUCCAGUCGAUUGGGUUUAAGGAGUUUCAUGAGUACCUGACCGCUCCUGAAAGCAGCACCCAGCAGGAGAAAGACAUGCUCCGAGACAAAGGUAUAGAAGCUUUGAAGAUCGCUACGAGGCGUUACGCCAGGAAACAGAAUAAAUGGGUCCGUAACCGCUUCCUUAAACGACCAGGAGACAACAUGCCAGCAGUGUAUGGCCUGAAUGUGACAGACGUGUCGAGGUGGGAGGAGAUGGUGCUGAACCCUGCACUGCAGAUACUGGACAGUCUCAGUAAGGGUGAGGAGCCAGCUGUUACACCAAUCAGAGUACAGGAGGUGGAGCGGGGAAACAAGCGGAGUUAUCAUACGUGUGAUCUGUGUGAUAAAGUGAUCAUCGGGGACUUGGAGUGGACAGCUCACCUGAACUCCAAGAAGCAUCACUUUCAUGUGAGGAAGAAGAGGAAGCUUAAUCCGGCCUGUGACCGGUCCCAGAGUCCCGCUGCACCUCCUGCCCCCGCUGCACAGACUGUGGAAAGCCUCUCUAAGGACGCCUGUGCUGCUGUUGCCACAGGCUGCAGCCAAACCUCUCAGGAGUCCUCCCAAGACACAAAGACAACACACGAGGAAGUACCUGUGACAUUUUAACAGCUGUACUGACUGUGGACUACACACAUCAUCAUUCAGGUUCCCACCACAUCUCUGCAUUAAUAAGUGGAUAUUUCCUCACAGCCCACACAAGGCUACUUUUUCUUGCUUCCCAUAGAAGUAUUUGGAACUGAAUCUUCGUAUUUGUCAAAGUUUCAAUGGGAUGACAGACCUUCAUACUAAACACUUAAUCCUUACUGAAUGUGAUAACAAUGGACAUAUUUUAUAGACUGCAAGAAUGUCUUAUUUAACAUUCUCAUGGGCUCAGAUUAUGGAUCCUUGAAACAGGUUCAUUUUGUUGGAGUAGAGAUAUUGAUGGUCGGGACAAUUCAAGUAUUAUAUUCUCAGCAGGGAAAAUUGGAUGUUUUGUGAUGUGUGCAGCCAAAGAAAUCUGAUUUCUUUUAAAGAUUCUUUUGUGCUACUCUCUGAAUGGCGAAGUUCAAUUGUAAGAGAAAAGGUUUAUUUUUCUAAUUUUACAGAAUGUGCCUUAAUUGAAGGUUUAUUGUUGCUGUCGACUGAAAAUCUUCAAAAGCAUAAGCGUUGUAGGAUUUAAGUUUCUUGUCUUUUUUUUUCAUCACCAUGCACCUUUAACUUUGUCCAGCUGGUUUUGAAAAUGUUCAAUAAACCAAAAGAUGUUAGUUUCUCA